AUGCACUUUUACGUGCUGAUCUUCCUGGCGGUCCUUUUUGUGGUCAAGGAUUACACCAACUUUGCGGAGGAGAUCAAGACGCCUUCGGGCUGCGGCCCGUCGUGCCUGCGUAUCAAAGACGAGAUGGCGACUGCAUCGAAAGGAGGUGCGGCUUGGCACUGUGCUUGGUGUCGCAAGGACAACAAGGGAAGUCACACCAACUGCGGCUUCUGCGGUACAUUUUGGGAAGAUUGUGUCGCAACCCGCAAUGUGACCAAAUCACCAAGGAGACGAAGAGCGUCGUCGAUGAGACAAUCAGGCGCAUGGAACUAUGCUUCGGAUUGGCAAGAGGAAACUGUUCCUUGGCAAGCAUCGACACCCAGGCGUACCCAGCCUUCGCCUCGCCGUGCUGCCAAGUCUCCACGUCAACCCAAGCGCAAAGCUGGCAAACGCCAAGUUCCUGCACAAGAACCAGAAUGGCCUUCGCAGAUCACUGCCAAUCCCUCGUCCGCUCCGUCAGCUUCAGCCAGUACAGUAUCGUUAGAGGCUCAACAAUUGAGGGAAUUGGUGAGCACAUUGAAGAAAUCAGACUUGGAGCUGACACCGGAGAUUCAAGCUGCGAUGAGCAAGGUGAAGGUUAUCACCCCCAAAGAAGCCUCCAAACUCAUGCAUGGAGCGGUGUCUCGUCUAGACACAGCACGCGAGAAGCUGCAAAAGGCCAAGACGGCCAGAACAAACAUGCAUCGAAACUGGGGCAAAUUUUUGGACGAUUCCGUGAAAAGAUGGCAGCAGCAUGGAGAGAAAUUCACCAAGGAAGACGAAGAGUUAGCCAAUGCCAUAGACGCUGCUACAUCCGUCUUUCAAGCUGCUCGCACUCAUUUGGAGGAGACCAAAGAGGCCCUCGCGGAGUUCGACAACAUCGUCGAGAAAGAGAUCCCCGAGGUCAGCGACGAAGAUUUGAUGGCCGAUACAACCGGGAGCAUUGGAGAUGGCAUUCAAGAAAUGCUCACCAACCUCACACGUUUGAGGGAUGCUCAGGACGAUAUCGAGGCCAAUGCGGCAAAGAAAGCUCGCACAGAAGAACCACCAGAUGAGUCCUUUAUUGGGCCUUGGGAAGCCCUUGAAAAUGCAGCACAUUGGCACUUUGAAUUGUGUGAUCUCACACGCCCAAUUUCUCAAUUCACAUGGUUUCCUUCAGCGGCACCGUCAAAGACUUGUUUGAAGAGUUCUUCUACAAGAUCUCAUGUGACUUUUGCUCCCGCUUUAGGAUAUCCCUGUGAUGUUCAACAGCAAGGCACAUGCUCAUUGCCGAUGACAGAUGAUUGGAUGCCCAAGUUUGAUGUGGUUGCCAAACAUGAUCCAUCCUUAUUCAUCCUGUCGAAGGGACCUUGUUCUGAUGUUCCUUCCAAUCCACAUUUUGAUCGUUUCACGCGUGACUUGCGUGACGAAGUGAAUGAAGUUGAGGUUGCAUCUUCUGUGCACAAUUUUGCGUCUUCAUCAUUGAGGUUCCCAGCCCUUGUUCGUGAUGUAGUACCUGUUCCAAGUGAUCCAGUGCCGCCAUCCUAUGAGGAGCCACUGCCUUUGACGGUGUUGAGCCCACAGGAUGGCCUGCCAGUGAUCCCAUCGAGUUCAAGUGCACUGAAUACAUCGAUGACAACUUCCAAUUGCGACGCUGGAGUUUUGCUGUUGAAUGAUAUUCACCAUGCUUCUGGCGCACCGCAUGACGGAUCUCCCGCAGGUGAAACACCUCUGCCUUUGAGCUCUUCAACAUCCCCUACAGAUGUUCGGCCAGAUGCGGAUGCCCUGUCGUCCGCCUCAUGGAUGUUGACAUUGCGUUCACUCUGGCGUGAAUUUGCUGUUCGUGAGUAUGUUGACGAUAGUCGUGUGAUUUACGUUGAAACCUGGUAUAUUCACCACAUCCACGACUCUCGUUGUGAACGCUCUCGAACUGUGCGCUUCGACCACUUGGAUCAUCACUGGUACGAUGACAUUCGUCAACAAUGGCCGGACAAAAUUCGCACAGAUGAAUUGCUCCAUUUGGUUUCUGUUGCACCUACACCUCCACGAGCUGACACGCAGCGAUGUGUGGCGCAUAUCUUGUUGCUACAAGGCGCACGUGAUCACCAUGUAGGAGCUGUCUUCACUGCACGUUUCCUUGAAGACCACACCACGCAUUUGAUUCAAGCUGCACUUUCAGUUCCUGACGAGAUGUCUGGCACACGUGCAAUCGCCCAUCUCCGAGUUGAACCGUUCGUGGAACAUCGUCGUUGGAUUGCCAGAUCUGGUGCUAUGCUAUUUGACAUCCUCACGCCUGAGGCCAUUCCCAACGGCAUCAGUAUCAUUGUGGACGUCAAAGUUGAGUCUCCUCCUGCACCAGAUGACGUCACCUCACUGGCUGCCUUCUCUCAUGAGACAGUAGUUCCUCAACCAGGCGUUGCUGAUAUGCCCGAGGCUGUGCAGCAGGAAGAUGACCUUGUUGAAGUCGAAGUUGAGAUUUCAGAUUCUGACACCAUGAGUGACAGUCCGGACACUGGUGAAGACUGGCGUUUCGUGCAUGUAUGUCUUCUUGGUAAAAAGAUCCACCACGGCCGUCUGCCUUGGUAUCAGCCUGAUGCUUUCUUUGACGCGGCUUCUGAACUGACCGGCAUCCCAGCAGAUGAUCUGGUGCAUCUUCACUACGUUCGACAUGGUCCUGAUGACCUUCGUGCUGCUCAUGUUGAACCACUUAUUGCUCAGGUGUACGACCUUCCUCUGGGGUCUUUGAAGCGUUUGGUUCUCCUUGAUGUCGAAUUUCAUGAACAGUUCCCAGCUCGUGAGGCAUCCACAUCACGCAGAUGUAUUGCUUUGCCGCGAGUGUCGACUCGUGCUGCGCUGCUGAGAGCAGCCGGGCUUGACAUUUAUUGCCAACGUUCUCGUGAUCGAUGCCUCAUGUGGCACAAUGGCAGUGUGCUACAACAACAAAGUGUGGCGCCUUUUGACAUCAAUCAUGGCGAUUACAUCAGGAUUGCUGUGCCACCUUGGCCUUUUGCACCAGCACAUAUUUCUACACGUGCUUGCGUCAGUCGAAUCCGUCAAAGACCACGCCGGAUGGACUAUGCCUCUUUACGUCCUCAUGACAUAAGAGACCAUGAAGAUGGCAUGACUGACAUUGAUGCGAUGCUUGAACGAGAUCAUCCACACGCUGUUCAAGAUGCUCCGGACGAUGAGGUCGCCCUUUAUCAGCUGGAUGUGACCGUUCAAUCGGUGCACAGUGCUCAGCAUCCUGUGAUUUCUGAAGUACCCUCCGACAAAAUUGAUUUUGAUUUUCAAGAAUGUCGUUCGAGAUUGCAGGCAAUCGGGCAUCGCAAUGAAGCCCUUCCUGUUCCUAUGCAUGGACAACCUGCUAUUGUUCAUGAUUUGUAUCUUCAUCUUCUUCGACAUCAACGUGAUGCGCAGACAGGUCAACCUCCUGCGCUGGUGGCGAUGACAUGGUAUUCUGAUCACCUUCGACGACCUCACAGUGGUAUUGGCCGUGAAGUUCACCUUCGUGCUGACUUUACGACAUGGUAUCAUGAUCUUGUCAUGGCGUGGCAGGAAUGGGUGGAUCCCUUCGCUGACAUUCUUUGGCGGAUUGUGCAACCGCACCCUGAGGACGGAGAUCCUGACGUUUCCGUACACGUCUUACUGGUGCAACAUCCACAGCAUGAUUGUCGGUCUAUCAUUACGGCCAUCACAGACUCUGCUGAUGAUCCAUGGCAUCCACGCCUUUUAUGUCUUCGUGUUCCCGCGUUGUUGACGCAUUCAGAUUUGCAACAGCUUGUGGAUCUUGAUGGUGACUGCACAAGCAUUCCACAACAGCAUUGGUGUCGCACGUGGUAUGCUCCAGAUGAUCUUUCUCUACUGCAACAACGAGGUCAACGGCAGCACUUGGUCUUGGAGAACCUUGUUGAACCGCCUCGUUUUACGGAAGUUGACUGCCAGCGACCCUUGUUCCUGCGCAAUCAACUAUGUUUGCAGCCGCGUUUGCAACCAUGUGAGACCAAGGCAGGCAUCUGGUGGCAUACGGCAACUUGGAGUGAACUGCAAGAUCUUCCUCAUUGGGCUGGUGAACCCAUUCUUGGCAUGACUUUGUACACAGAUGGCACGGCUCAACGCCAUCCUGAUUCAGCGGCGGCCGCGGUUGUCCUCCUACUUCAUGUGGAGGGUGGACUCCGUUGGGGCGGCUACCUUUCUGCGCCGUGCCUUGGUGAUUCUACCGCUCCUCGAGCAGAAGCUACAGCACUAUUGCUGGCCACCCUAUGGAUCCGUCAGCUUCUUGCGUGGCGUUCAGUUGCUCCCAUUUGGUUUGAGAUAGCCUAUGAUUGUGAUCACACCGCACGCAUUGCGCAAGGUCACCAAGCUCCUGAACACAACCUGGCCUUGCUUACUGUAUUGAGGUCUAUUGUCCAAUGGAUCGAAACUCAGCUUGCGCUGCCACUGACAUGGACUCACAUACGCAGUCAUUGCCAACAUCCGUGGAAUGAGGCGGCUGACACAGUUUGUCGUUAUGCUUUGCAACAUCAGGAUUUCACGACUGAUCUUACAGAGUUGUACAACCAGUGCACCUUCAACGACAGUGAUGUCGCCGCAGUACAAUGGAUAUGGCUGAUUGAGAAGUCGCUCCGUCAAGAUGUCGAUGCACCCAUGUUGAUCGCUCAUCGUUGGCGAUUUGAUGUUGCUGGUCCAUUCUCGACACAACCUCGUCCUGAUGUCCAACCUGCUGUUCAACGUCGUCGUGUAGAUGUUUGUGCUGAAUCCGAUGCUCGGGUUUUGAAUUUGCGAACCGCCACAGCCAACGUGCUCACGCUUUUUCCAGGACGCGUACAUUGUGCAGGGUUUCUUGGUGCGCGUGUUGAGGACCUUGAUGCGCAGUUCGUCGCAGCUGGAGUACACGUUGUUGGUCUUCAGGAGACUCGUUCUACCUCCACUGGCCACCACACCACAGACUCAUUUCAUGUUUUGUCUGGACCUGCCACUGGGCAAGGUCGUGGUGGCGUACAGUUGUGGAUUCGACGCAUCAUUCAAACCUCACAUGGUCGCAUUGAUGUUCAAACAGCAGACCUACGGAUUCUUCAUGCCACAUCACGUCGACUUAUUGUACGUUGGGCUCACCCAGGUGUCCGUCUUCUUUUUGUCGUGCUUCACGCUCCUGACCACGAUGAUGAAGAUCGACUGCAGGCUUUCUGGGACGCAACAACCACGGCUAUCCCACGUGAAUACCACAGUUGGCAUACGAUUGUGCUUAUUGAUGCAAACAGCCGCGUUGGCAGUGUUACCUCUUCUUCCAUUGGUCCGCAUCAUGCUGACGCUGAAAAUGUGAAAGGUACUCACUUUCAUAGCUGGCUGGUCAAUCAUGCGAUGUUUUUGCCGCAGACGUUUGAGAGGUGUCACCGUGGGUCAAGUUCGACAUGGACUCAUCCAGGUGGAGCGCAAGCCCGCCUUGAUUACAUUGCCAUUUCUACCAACAUUGGACACCAAGCAGUUUAUACCUGGAUUGCCACUGACAUUGACCUGACAGUCUCCAGGCCUGACCAUGCUUGCGUAUGUGCUGAUAUCCAACUUGGAUAUUAUGAUGCUGACCGUCGACCACGACAUGAACGAUUCGUCUCAUCGACUGUUGGCGUCCAACCAGUCGUAUCUUGGGACGUUGAUGUUCACACACAUGCUGCCAGGAUUCAACAAUGGUUGCGCAGUCACUGCAAACCACAGAGAACAUGGCGCAAACAGCAUUUGUCUGAACACACUCGGACACUUGUUUUAGCCAAACGUCAUCAUUGGAAGCGCCUUGGUGAGCUUCGACGCCAUCAUCGCCAAGGAAUCUUGCGUCAACUCUUCGUGAGCUGGCGAUCUGGACGACGUGAUGACAAAGCCUUUUACGAGCAGUUGGCUGAACGUGCAGGCGAUGAGUCUCGGAAGAGCUGUCAUGCUCUUUGGGCUGCUAUUCAACACGCCUUACCGAGAUGGAGAUGCAAGCGCCGUUCGAAUCUUCGUUGUACCGGUCCCACAAUUCCGGCACAAUUUGGUCACUACGACAACCUUGAAGCAGGACAUGCAGUGCGUUAUGAAGAUCUUCUGGCGCAAUGUCAUGCUCAUCAACGUGACGCUGCUCUCGACAUCCCGCUCCAGAUUGCUCUGGCGGACCUUCCUUCAAGGCUUGACAUUGAGUUGCACGGCAGUCGCAUCAAAACCAACAAGGCCGCUGGUAUUGAUUCAGUGACUCCAGCCACAGUCAAGGGUGCCUGCCAGAAUUGGCCAUCCAUUGUACAUCAAUUGAUGCUGAAGAUCUGGGUAUUGGGAGCAGAACCGACUCAGUUUAAAGGCGGAAUUUUGCACCCAAUUGCAAAAAAAGAGGCUAGUCAGUGCAUCGAAGGGAUGCGCGGUAUCAUGCUCAUUGACUGUUUGGGCAAACUGGUGCACUCCCAUUUGCGUCGACAGUUUGCUCCUCAACUUUGUGCUUUACGUCAUCCGCUCCAGCUUGGAGGCUUUGCACGUUGUUCCACUCUGUUUGCGACUCAAUAUGUUCGCUCGUUUACCAUCAUGGCACAUGAAAUGAAUCUGUCAUCAGCGGUGCUCUUUAUCGAUAUUCGCAGUGCUUUCCACUCGAUGAUUCGGGCAUUCGCUUUUGACAUCAACAAAGAUCUCCAUCCCAAAUUGGCGCAAGUGCUUCGGGAAUCUGGCUUGGACAUUGAUGUGAUUCAGCAGCAGCUUCGAAGCACUCGUCCCUUUGACUCCAUGGUGCCACCUGUUGUUGCUCGUUUACUUCAGGAUAGUCAUUGCCACACUUGGUUCACCCUCGGACAAAGUGGACAUGUUCAUCAAACGGAGCGUGGGAGCCGACCAGGCAGUCCAUUGGCUGAUGUGGCUUUCAAUGCCCUUAUGACUCAUGUCCUUAAGGAACUCCAACAUUGUUUUGAUCAUCACAGCCCACUCCAGAAUGCAUUUGCCCGUCUUGGCAUGCGUGCAGCACCCGUUGCUUGGGUCGACGACCUUGCCAUCCCAGUAGUGUCGUUGACUGCUGCUGCGCUCACGGAUUUGGCCGUUUGGGCGCUUAAUGCCACCAAGCAAAUCUGCGCUUCUUUUGGUUUGGAGUUGAAUCUCAAGCAGCACAAGACCGAGGUUGUACCUUCCUUUCGAGGUGCAGGUGCUCCCGCGUGUCGCACAGCUCUCUUUCAUGAACAUUAUGGAGUUCUUUGCCUUCAACCUGAUGAUCCUCUCAGUCCAAUUGUGCGUUGUGUCUCUCAAUACGAACAUUUGGGCACAACGUACCAAUCUGACGGUGGUAUCGCAGCCGAACUUCGACAUCGUGUUGGUCGUGCUCAGCGUGCACAUCGUCAAGUACGCAAACCUAUCUUGAUGAACCGACAUUUGGCGAUUCGUACCCGGCUGCGGUUACUGGAAGCCCUCAUACUGCCCGUACUCCUGCACGGAGCUGGUAACUGGCAGCUAUUGACCGCCACGCAGAUCAAGAGCUUGCAUGUUCCUUACCUACGUUGGAUACGUUCCAUCGUAGGGAACGGCUUCUGGGCCGAUGACCAGUUGCCUGAUGAACAUAUUCUCUUGGCAUGGGGCCUACCCUCCAUUCCAUUGCGUUUGGCGAAACUACGCUUGCUUUACGCGUACCAUUGGAUUGCAGAUGCUCCUCAUGACAUCAUUGCUUGUGUUACAGCGGUAGCCUCUGUUCCUGGUUCCUGGUUUUCGGCUCUGCGGUGUGCCAUUGCUUGGGGACAAACCAUUGACCCAGCAUUUUACGAGGGCAACGUCAUGACAGACUCUGCCGAGUGUAUUUGUCACUGGCUCGUUCACACCCACCCAAAUGGACCGCGUUGGGUCCGGCGUCUUUAUCGCCAGGCACUCCAACAAGGGCAAGUUAUUGGUACCACCAUGACAUUGCAAUACGAACUGCAAAGAGCUUUCCUUCAGGGCGGUGCGACUUGUAGCAACGAAAUUGCUGCUUCACAGCCUUCGAUGCAGCCAUUUGUUUGUCGUUUUUGUGCGAGAUCUUUUGAUUCUCCACGCGCUUUACAAGCUCAUCUUUGGUGUGCGCAUGGCGAAGCCUCUGAAGAACGCCGUUUCAUGUCAUCCACAACAUGCACAGCGUGCUGGAAGUGUUUCUGGACGGUCAAUCGACUUCAGAUUCAUCUUCACCAAAGCCGCCAAUAUGAGGGCGGAUGUUAUGAGAGGCUCACGUGGACUCAGGCCCCUUGGGAAGAUGUCAUUGAGAUCGACGAAGGCGACACUGCGUUGCUCCCUGCUCGUAUGCCCGCACAGCCUGUGCCGCACACAGCGACCCGGCUUGCCACCUCUUGCACCUCUGCAGAGGAGGCACACCAAUGUUGGCAGGAUGCAUGGGAGCAGGAAGGUAUGACCUUCCCGCUGGACAAUCAUUGGGAUGCACUAUGUCGUGAACGUUGUGACGAAGCUGUUCGAACGCUUAGUUCCAUUGAUGACAUUGUUUGGCGCUUAGUGAACAUUGCUGAUGGCGAUGGUCUUCCGCCUGCUCCAGAUGGCAUGGGUUCUUGGGUGCUUAGCUUAUGGUUAUUGGAUGACCUUUGCUAUGCUCGAUUUCCCUCGAUGAGUGUUGAGAUGUUUGGCCGACUAUUUCGUGAAGUUCGUCGACUCGUUCAUCAAUCACCUAUUGGUAGCCUGGUUUGUUGGCGUCGUCGUAUGGAAACGGCCCAUCGUCCUCAUGCAGAACCUUCAACCUCACAGGUCGCCGGCGCACGUCCUGUUGCAGGCGAAGCCAUUCUCAAUCCCGUGCAGGAUCAGUGUAACCUGCUUCAUCCCAUCCUUGCCAUGCGCUUCACCCUUCCUUCUUGCCAAGGUAUUCCCAUGCAAGUGGUUGAUGGAAAGCGUAUCGUCUGGAUUCUACACUUAUUCAGCGGUCGAAGACGGAUUGGAGACUGCCACUGGUGGCUUACACACAUUGGGCGGCAUUUGUGGCGUGGCGUUGAACUCCGCAUGAUCUCCUUGGACACGGCAGUCCAUGAUCGUCUUGGCAAUUUGGAUGAGAGCGACAAUUACAACAUGGUUUUGAAGCUUGCACAGAAGGGGCUCAUUGCAGGGGUACUUGCUGGACCCCCAUGUGAGACGUGGUCGGCGGCGAGGAACAUCCUGUUACCAGACCACACCGGCCCCCGUCCUCUGCGUACCUCUGACCAACCGUGGCUGUUAUCGCAUCGUACAGGGAAGGAAAUGCGACAGACCAGUACGGGCACGCGCCUGCUUCUCAACACCUGGCGUAUUGAAACCUCAGUGGUUCUUCAUGGAGGAGGAGCGCUCAAAGAACACCCUUGGGAAAAUGGCAAUCUUGACCGCGCGUCAGUGUGGCGCACCACAGCCCACAAGGACUGGAUCAUGCAGUUGCCGGACGCUUUCCGACACUACAUUGAGCAGUACCUCUAUGGCGCAGCGGGCACUAAGCCGACUUGCUUGCGUGCCUUGAAUCUUGGCGGGGCGGCGAUCGUGCAGCAAGCGCUUCACGAAGGCAUGGAGUUGUGGCGCGCUCGUCCAGUGACACGCCUGAUGGGUAGGAAUCACAAAGGUGAGUUCAGGACUGCAGCAGCAAAGGAGUACACAAGUGCCCUCUGCCGCUCCAUGCUUGUAGCGUUGCUGACCGGGCUGCGUCGACGUUUUGCCGUUGAAGGCAGUCGAGCUUCCCCGAUUUUGACGUCCACUGAACGGCAGUGGCUUGAGAAUGCAUGGAGUGCUUCUCACGUGGUGUCCAUGGAUUCAUUCCUUCCUGAUUACCAAGGCACCUGA